GAGUGGCGAUGUCAGUGCGCUCAGGUGAACGGGAAGACGGAAGAGAAACAGAAACUCACGGUAAGAGAAGAUCGCUGAACAUCUGAAUGGAUUAAAUAUGACUUAAAACAAAAAGAAGCGCUUCAAAAUGGUGAACUCGGGUAUUUGUUGUGGGAGUCUGAAGGACGAUAAGAUCCUCAUGAAGAUGGGCUUGGGGUUGGUGCUGGUCGGUCACGUGAACUUUUUACUGGGGGCUCUGGUGCAUGGAGCUGUGCUCAGGGACAUAAAGGUUAUCACUAUCGACCAGCAACUUGUUGUGUACCCCAUCUCCAAUAUCAUCUCUCUGGUGGCAGGACUGAUGGCGAUCAUUGUUGGAAUCUCCGCUAUUGUCCUGUCCAAAAACAAGAAGAACCAGCUACUGAGCUGGUUUUUGUUGGUUGUGAGUGUUCUGGCUUUUCUCUUGGGUGGAGCUUCUGCAGUGGGUAUCAGUGUUGCCACAGCGAGGGCAAUAAUGUUUAAGGGGCAAACUCUCUUUGUCCACUGCCAGCUGCCUACAAACAUAAGCUACUAUAGCAUCACAAAUGAAUGCCCUUUUGAUCCCACACGUAUCUAUGGUACAACGUUAAUCCUGUGGUUUCCGUUAAUUUUGAUGUCGGUGGUCGAGGUGGUGUUCUCUUGUCGCUGUUUCUUAGUCUGCACCUCUUUCCUCCGUCUGCGCUGCCCAUGGAGGAAAAAUAUCAACAAAAGGGUUCAGGUGCAGAUCCAUGAGCCAGAAGAAACUGGUGGAGGUGAUGGAAAUGAGGAGCCUACAGAGCGUCAUGACCUUCUUGACAAAGACACCUCUGUUGUGGAGACAAGCGAUUGGCUGUAAAUCCUAAGCAUGCGUCACAUGACCUAUAGACACAGUUACACAAUUGCUGGAUGAUGGACCGAGCAAUACAAGGUGACCAUGUGGAAAAGCCGCAAUGCCUAUUGCUGCCAAGGAGAUGACAGUGCUCUGACUUCAUUGGAUUUAUUUGGCACUGUUAUUCGUUUAAUUUUAAAGUGAGCAGUAUCAAUGUAUCUAUAAUGUAUGUUUUAUAACAUGUUUUCUACACAUUUAUGUAAAGUAUUUUCUAUUCAAAGCUGAAUUUCUGUAAUGCCUCAUACUAGGAGUGCUGGGUCAAAACUAAAUUAAAUGGUCAAUAUCUUGA